GUCAGCAUUGUUGUGUCGCUCAACUACGGGGUAUAUUUCCGUUGUGUCGCGUCGUUUGUGAUUUCUAUACUCUAUAAUGUACAACGGGAUUGGUCUUCCUACUCCACGAGGCAGUGGAACAAAUGGAUACGUUCAGAGAAACCUGGCUUUCAUAAACAACAUUAAAGAAAAGCCAUCAUACAAGACUGAUGAUGAUGUGAAGCGUGCUGACGCCGCUUUCUUCAAGGAACCUAAUAAGGAGAUUUUAGAACAUGAAAAGAAGCGAAAAAUCGAAGUCAAGUGUUUUGAGAUGGAACAAAUAAUGGAAGAUCAAGGCUAUACACAAUCGGAAAUUGCGAAGAAGGUUUCGGCUUAUCGUUCAAAACUUCUCGAAGAGUUGCGGAAUGAGCCCCCAAAACAGCCACACUUGCAGGUCGAUCCCACAGAAACCAUUGAAAAAGAGACUGGUCGCUUAGUGCCUAAAGGAACUCACGAGACUGCAGCCGUUAACAUACUAAAAAAUACGGUAUUCAAGGAGGCUCUUGGCAUUGGAUCUGAUUUCCAAGACGGCAACUCAAUGGAACAGUCCAAACUCAGACGUCAAGAGGAAAUGGAGAAGAAAAAGCUGUUAGAGGUACAAAAAACCUUGAAAUAUCACACCUCAACUUCUCACAACGUCACGCGACGAAUCCAGAUGUACCUUUGGUUCUGGGCGCCUACGAAGAAACAGCAAAGCCUGGUUCCCGACUUCAAAAUUUCUGGGCCGUACUCCAUGUAGCCUGUGUUGUCGGCUUUCCAUUACAGAAUUUCACGGUAGAAAGCUCAAGCGAUGAAUCUGACCACGACCACACAAAGCACCGCAAGACUAAAAUUAAGAAGCAUCGCAGCCAACACUCUCCGUCCAAUUCGAGCAAUGUCCCUGGUUUGGAGGUGGAGAGUGGUGAUCACAAACGUCACUCGCGAAAGGCACGCGAAUCCGAGAAGCCCCAUUCAAAAAAGCGAAAGCAUUCACACUCAGAUCAUCACCACCGAAAGCAUCGACAUUAAUUGUGAUCUUUUUGAAUUUGAAGGUGUAUAUAAUUACUUAUCUAAUUCGCCAACUCACUUAUAUUUUCCCUACCCUUGUUGCACUGUUUGUUACAGUUAGUUGCUUGAUUGCAUUGGUUUUAUUCCCACGUUCUUCACCUGGUCGGUUUUCCACUGAGUGCCACGGAACGUUUUCUUUGCGUCACACUCGUGUUCUACUCGCACCCAUGUGUACUCUCACUCAGUUAUCAAAAUCCACGGUAAACAUUUCGU